UUCAUUUGGAGCUUCCUUUUCUUUCUGUCGUUUAUGGAUAUCUAUAUACGGGCGGUCAUCGUUGAAGAUUUCCGUAUUAAUUAUUAAAUGAAGGUGCUAUAAGCGUUGAUUUUAUGAAAAAGCUGUAGGUUAUUAAUUGUUAAAUAAUGAUCUUACUCGAGAUCAAUAAUAGAAUUAUAGAAGAUACUUUAACAGUUAAAUAUAAAAAUGCACUGGCGCGCUUAAAGCCAGAGUCAAUAGAUGUGAAAGUUGCAGAUUUUGAUGGAGUACUCUUCCAUAUAUCUAAUGUGAAUGGAGAUAAAACCAAAGUUAGGGUUAGUAUAUCACUGAAGUUCUACAAGCAGUUAGAAGAACAUGGAGCAGAUGAACUCCUCAAAAGAGUAUAUGGGCCACUCCUCACGGAGGCAGAGUCUGGCUACAAUAUUUCGUUGCUGCUGGACUUGGAGAACAUUCCCGACGACUGGGAGGACGUAGUGAAGAAGGUCGGCCUCCUCAAGAGGAACUGCUUCGCGUCAGUGUUCGAGCGCUACUUCAGGCUCCAGGAAGAUGGUGAUGUCAGCCACAAGCGCGCCGUCAUCAACUACCGACAGGAUGAGACGCUAUACGUGGAAGCGCAAGAGGACCGCGUGACCGUGGUGUUCUCGACGGUGUUCCGGCACGAGGACGACAUGGUCAUCGGCAAAGUGUUCAUGCAGGAGCUCAAGGAGGGCCGGAGAGCGUCCCAUACUGCGCCACAAGUAUUGUUUUCACACAAGGAACCGCCCUUAGAACUAAUGGACACGGACGCGAGAGUAGGCGACAAUAUCAGUUAUGUUACGUUUGUGUUAUUCCCGCGACACACGUGCGCGGCGGCGCGGGACAACACCAUCGACCUGCUGCACAUGUUCCGCGACUACCUGCACUACCACAUCAAGUGCUCCAAGGUGUACGUGCACUCGCGCAUGCGCGCCAAGGCCGGCGACCUGCUCAAGGUGCUCAACCGCGCCCGCCCACAGACCUCCUCGCGCCCCACCGAGCGCAAGACUAUCACGGGAAGAACAUUUGUGAGGCGAGACUGAGUGUUGCGCGGCGGCGGGACGUAGGCGCCGACCGCAGUCUGUCUCCUGUUACGUUACGUUCUCUCGCUAGCGCCGCCACUCGGUGACAUCCUCAGUUCCCAUCCCGCCCGCACACACUCGGACCAUCCGAGUGGACGCGUUACCCACGAAGAAACUCCGACAAUGUGCGUAUUUCAUAUAUCCAACUUUCAAUGAAAUGACAUAUAAGAUAAUUAUUUAUUAAAAAUACAUUGUUUGUUUUCCAAACGUCACAAAGUACUUACUCUUAAAAUCAUCUCGAUGCCAUUUCCAUAAAUUAAAAUUGCCAAAUAAUCACAGUUGUGCUCAACGUUUCGUGUACUGCCCGUCGACGUUUUAUAUUACAAAGAAAUGUGCACAUUGUAUUUAUCAUAACUAUUUAUUGUCAACUCUUCAAGCAUAGCGUUAAAGUCAAUAAAUAAUGUUGCCGUAGUUCUUGUUGAUAACAAAAUUAUGCUUUAUUAUUAUGAGAGUUCUAUUUAUAGCGGUGGCACUGCGACAUCCAAAACUUGGGUUCCUAAAAUGUUUAGUAUACACCCUCAUUACAUUGUUACGCGUUAGAUAUCCGUAGUGUCCAUCGAGAGCGAACUUUUCUUGUAGCUUACGUAAUUUUGUUGUAAGUUAUGACAUUACCAAUCCUCAUAUAGGGUAAAGUGUAUUAUAAAAUCUAGCCUAUACUUAAAGUUUCGGUUGACAAAGUUGUAAAAAUGUAUAUCACUGAAAUAUCGAGACAGGUAACAUGCACAAAACUCGUACGAAUUAUAUUCAAUUAUUAAUUUUUACGCUGCUCCUAUGUUUAGUUUAAUAAUGCUACGCAAUAUAUACGAACAAUAAUUUUAUUAAGAGUUUCACCCUUACGUUUUAGGUAGGUCCGAUUCAAUUAUAAUGUAAGUGAAAAUGUAUAGUAUUUCUCAAUAGAUUCUUCCAUAGUCAAAAAGAGCUCGAAGAAGAAAUCAUAAUGGCCUUAUUUAUGAUGAAGUUGAGUUCAGUUUGCUCUGUUUGAGAAGCCGGCCCUUCGGUUCGAUAGAGUCGCUAGUUUAGAUCACGAUACACUAUGUAUCUAACGUUUAAGUGCAAUUCAUUACACUCCACAUUAUUUUAUUCCAAAUUGCAUUUUUAGUUAUAGACAGAGAAUAAAAACUCUAUAAAAUACAUUUUAGCAAAAAUUCAGUCUUGUUUAAAUUGUUUCCCGUAGCUAAACACUUCUCAUUCGACGCAAGUAUAUAUUGUGUUUGUGGCACAUUUGCACCAACAAUGUAUAAAUUGCUCAAAGGAUCGCGAACACCAAGAGCUAGGAUAUCAGAGUGAACCUAUAGAACAACGUGCAUUAUGGAGUAGAUGCGAUGUCUAGAAUAAGAUACGAUAGUUAAAUGAUUACCUGUGUUUGGAUGAGAUUGUGCUAAAGUUAUAUUGAGUCAUGGACUGAGGUUAGGCUGUCGAAAGUGUAUCGAGUCACUGAAUAACAAUAAAAUUUUAAUAUAAUUCACUAAGUCAGAUAAAUGAAAAGUUAGUGACAUUAAACCUAAAAUUAACUUGAAGGUUCUCAAAGCAUAUUGAAUAUAUGGUUAAGAUGGAAUGUAAUACAAGUAUGUAGAACUAUUUAAUGAAAAAACUUAGCUAACUUGAAUUUAUGUAAUUUUUAUUUGCAAGAUGUAUUAUUUAUGUAUUAUAAAGUGUAAGUUAAAUGUUGCUUUAAAGUUUUUGCUUACAUUGGAAGAUUGUUUUUACUGUCAGUUUUAAUGCGAGAUUAUGUAAACAGCGCAGAAUACCGAAGUUAUUUGUGAAUAUGUAAUUAUUCUUGUGAUUUAAAAUCCGUUUAUACUGUAUUUUUUAUUUUCUAGAUUAAAGAAAACUUACUGCAUUUUAAA